CUCGCCGACACCGGGAGCCUCCUGAGUGCGAGGUCGGCCCGGGCAGCAACUCCGACGGACGAGCGCGAACCGGGCCGCCCGUUGGGGCCGCGCCGCACCUGCACCCGCCCCACGGCAUGGUUGGCGGCCUGCGGGGCGAGCGUGGCGAACAGCGGGACUGGGAGUGGGCUGCCUGUGCCAGGCUCGGACGGGGAUGCUCUCUGCGGCCAUGGAGCUGAAAGUGUGGGUAGACGGCAUCCAGCGCGUGGUCUGUGGGGUCUCGGAGCAGACCACCUGUCAGGAAGUAGUCAUCGCACUAGCCCAAGCUAUAGGCCAGACGGGCCGCUUUGUGCUUGUGCAGCGUCUCAGGGACAAGGAACGGCAGCUGCUGCCCCAGGAGUGUCCAGUGGGUGCCCAGGCUACCUGUGGACAGUUUGCCAGUGAUGUCCAGUUUGUCCUGAGGCGGACAGGGCCCAGCCUCGCUGGGAGGCCCUCCUCGGACAGCUGCCCACCCCCCGAGCGCUGCUCGAUCCGCGCCAGCCUGCCACCGAAGCCGCGACCAGCACUGGGCCGUGAGCCCCACAGAACAGUGACUUUCAGCCUGGAGUGCCACAGGCUGGCCUCCAGCCCUGCACUGCCUGAGCCUGUAGUCCCCGUGGCACCUGUGCCAGGCCCCUGGGAGGACCUGCAGGGCCUGGCGCAGAGGGUGCAGAGGAACGCAGAGGAGCUGGGUCAGGAGGCCUUCUGGGAGCAGGAGCUGCGGCGGGAGCAGGCGCGGGAGCGCGAGGGGCAGGCGCGGCUGCAGGCGCUGAGUGCGGCCACCGCCGAGCAUGCCGCCCGGCUGCAGGCCCUGGACGCCCAGGCCCGCGUCCUGGAGGCCAAGCUCCACCUGGCCGCAGAGGCCCCUGGGCCUCCCUCGCCCACAGCGUCUGCUGCGGAGCGCCUGCGCCAGGACCUGGCCGCCCAGGAGCGGCAGAGCGCGGAGGUGCAGGGCAGCCUGGCCCUGGUGAGCCGGGCUCUGGAGGCUGCGGAGCAUGCCCUGCAGGCCCAGGCCCAGGAGCUAGAGGAGCUGAACCGGGAGCUCCGCCAGUGUAACCUGCAGCAGUUCAUCCAGCAGACGGGGGCUGCCCUGCCGCCCGCCCCGCGGCCAGACCGGGCUCCCCCUGCCACACAGGAUCUCAUGCCUCCAGCCAGAGAAAAGCCCCUCCCGGGAGGCCCCCGGAGUCCCGCCCUCGUGUCUAGUCUGAGCCCAGAGGGUAUGUCUCUGCCUGACUCUGGGAGGGACGAGGUCACCCUGUGGCCCCUCAGCCCCCUCAGCCUGCGUCCUCUCCACAGUUGCCCCCAUGAGACAGAACUCUUGGAGGUAGCAGCUCCCGCCCAGAGUGAACGUCCACGGCCAGCCCAGCCCUGGGCUCUGAUGACAUGAGCGAGGGCAGCUGAAGCCAGCCCGGCCUGGACAGCAGCAGUCACAGUCUUAGAGGACUCCCUCCCCCGUGCAGUUGGAAGCCCUUGUGCCCUGGGCCCAGGACAGAACACCUCGGAGCCAUGGGGUUUCUGCUAUGGGGGGCGGGGAGCCCGAAGAUGCUCGCCCUGCUCCUUGCCAAGUCUGCCCAGCCGCCUGGAGAAGCUGGGGACACGGCCAGCUCAGAACUCAUUAGGCCCCAAACGCCAUGGCCCCUUUUCCGGGACGGGAGAUAGUGGAUACCGUUCAGUCUGGGUAUGUACUUGCCCGUGGGAGGCACCCUCCACUACAUACGUGUGCGUACAUGCGCGUGCCCACGCUGUCCCCCCCACUGCGACACUAACGCCUCAAUAAACUGCCUCAAGUGGC